AUGCCCGCUACCUCAAUCGAGGAUUGGCUGCGGGCUGGACAGACCGAUGUUUCUCACCGCUGCAAACGGGUCGUCAGCGAAUUGGCCCAUGGGAACGUGGCAUGUGUGACUUGUCUUGCUGACGAAGUCUCUCUACAGACACAUAACCUUGUUGCAAUGUCGUCUCUCUCGCGCCGCGCAUGCUACAAGUGUGGCAAUGUCGGCCACUACGCCGAGGUCUGCUCGUCUGCUGAGCGCCUUUGCUACAACUGCAAGCAACCAGGCCACGAGUCCAAUGGGUGCCCCCUCCCACGCACCACUGAGGCCAAGCAGUGCUAUCAUUGCCAGGGUCUCGGCCAUGUCCAGGCGGACUGCCCUACCCUCCGCCUGAGUGGCGCGACCACCAGCGGUCGCUGCUACAACUGCGGCCAGCCGGGCCAUCUCGCUCGUGCUUGCCCUAACCCUGCCGGCGUCGGCAUGGGCCGUGGCGGCGCUCCCGUCGGGCGCGGCGGCUUUGGCUUCGGCCGUGGUGGAUUUGCCGGCGGCCCUCGCCCGGCGACUUGCUACAAGUGCGGUGGACCAAACCACUUUGCUCGCGACUGCCAGGCACAGGCGAUGAAGUGCUACGCCUGCGGCAAGCUUGGUCACAUCUCGCGCGACUGCACUGCUCCCAACGGCGGUCCCCUCAACACCGCCGGCAAGACGUGCUACCAGUGCGGCGAAGCCGGUCACAUUUCCCGCGAUUGCCCCCAGAAGGCCCUGAACGGCGAGAUCAACCAGGAAGUCGACAUCAAUGCCGGUCAGGCUAUCGCGCCUCCCGCCACCGUGGUCGCCCCCAUUGCGCCUCUUGCUCCCGUUGCAUAG